AUGGCUGAGCCAACUUUUCAUCCUAAAAAAACAAAAAUCCGUUCUUAUACUCCAGUAGCAUGUACGAAUUGCAGGAUCAAAAAAGAAAAAUGUACUGGAACUCUUAGAUGUUCAAAUUGUGAACGACGUAACCUCGAAUGUAUAUAUAUAAAAUCGAACAAAAAACGAGGUCCUCUACCAAAAUCAGACAGAGCAACACUCAUUACUCCUGAUAUUUGCAAUUUGUUAAAUCCAAUAAA